CUCGUCUAGACGGUAAAUGUAAACACCGUGUCGGCCAUUUUGUUUUCUAUUGAUCAGAAAUACAGGUGUAUCAGAAACUUUUAAUAAUUAGUUAUUUAUCAUAUCAAACAGAGAUGCAGUCAUAAAAUGGCCGGUGCAAGCGGAUGUUAUAGUAGCAACAUUGAGAAUGGAUUUGUUGCUACAAGUUCCUGCCAAGUGUUCAGUUCAAACAGCAUAUACUGUCGAUACUACUGCAACGAUGGGUAUGUGAAAACAGCAUCUACUGUCUACUGUGCCGGAAAUGAUAAAUGGGUACCUUCCGGAAGUCAUCCAACUCAAGAUUCUCCAGCGUGCAGAAAAAGUACAGAUCCAGUAAGUGGGUGUGAAAAUAUAUUCUUCGAAAAUGGUUAUGUAGUAACAUGCCCGGUAUCCAGUUCAAGCACCAAAAGGGAUUGUAUGUAUAGAUGUCACCAUGGAUACAAACCUGCGUCGUCAAGUGUUCAUUGUGUGAGAAACGAAUGGCUGACUAGCGACAGUUACAGUGAUCCUUGUAUUAAAGACGGUACAACUGCGGAAACUACGGUCAUGACAGGAAGGCCAACGGUGUCACCAAGAAGUUCACCUCGCACGACUUAUCCGGGAUACUAUGACGACCCGAAUUUAAAAAUGGAUGUCAGCCCAGUCAUUUUUGUUGGUGCUGUUAUCGGUGGUUUCAUAGUCUUGGGAUUGCUUAUUUUUGCCAUAUUUUUCAGAGCCCACAAGAAAUCGAACAGGGAAGCCAGAAUUCGCUCUGCGUUUAUAGCUGCCUGUGAUCCAUUGUCAUUACAAAACGACUAUACCAACAAUAACACUGACACACAAGCUGACGAUUCUGAAUUUCGUGAUAUUGCCCGCCGAAUAAUUUCUCAGUCUUCAAAUCAACAGCAACAGAGUUCAUCUUCACCGCCGGCAUAUGAAGCAUCUGGUACAGAUCUCACUAGUCGCGGAACUUUUAGUGACCCGUCUGCUCCUCCAUACUCAACAGUUACUGGAGUCCCUAACACUUUUGAUAACCCGUCUGUUCCGCCAUACUCAGCGGUGUACAAUUCUGGAACCGGACUUCAUGAAACAGCGAUGCUCCAACCAUUUGACCAAAUGCAAAUACCACAAGAAAAUCGCAUACAUGAAUUCAACCGAGAUACAACCCAUAGUACCAGUGUCAUAACAGAUAAACCACCCCCCUACGAGGAUUUACAAAAUCAAAACGCAGUUGAGGGUGUUUCACAUCCCUGUGAGAAGGACGUUUCCGAAGAACGAACAUGUGAGAAUUCUUUUGGCCCUCCUCCGCCUUACACGACCUAUGAUGGGAAAGGAUGAUCUAUGAAACAUUUUAUUCAUCUCGAACAGAGGUUACUCUCCAAAACAUUUCAGAUAGUAUUUCAAAAUAUUUCGAGGCAUAAUAAUAGAGUUAAAAGUAAAAUGUCCAUUUAGAGAGUAUAAAUUAUUUAAAGCAUUUUAUCAAUUACGACAAAGGACAUUUAUCUAACUCAAAGAAUUUGAAUUCAUAACGUUAAUUUUUAGAAAAAGCUGGCCACUGAUCCGGACGAUUUAAUAUUACGCAUGUAAUGGCAAACAUUUGAUGGUUCGAUAAAAGUGCUCAAUUCGUUGUACUGACACAAUAAAUGGUUGACAGCUGUAGAGAGGGAGAACUUGUAUAAAUUAAUAUCCACGAUCGGUAGUUUCUCAUCUAGGACAAAAGUACUUGCCAUAAGAAGUUUACAUUCAUGGACAUCUAAACAAAUAUAAUUUCAUAGUUGGACAUAUCUUAACCAGUGAAGAUUUUGUUUUUUGUUUGUGUUAAUUACAUUGUUAUUUCAUUUUAACCAGGUUCUGUUUACUGCAACGAACUAACUACGCAAUAACUUCUUGUAAUCGACCAACACUUUAAUAUUAUAUUUAUGACACAAGUCGAAUGUACCGUUAUAAUAGGGGAGAGAAACAAGGAAGUGAUCUUCAUUUUUAUUCAAGAGAAAUAAUUCAGAAAUUGUGAAGCUUAAAGGUACUCGUCUCCAGAUAAACUAACUUGAAACGUCAGAAUUUUUCAAACAAACUGAAUGCGUUUACAAAGUAGACUAGUAGUAAAAGCUACUUUUCAUCAAGUUUUAACACGAGACUAACGAACUAAAAAGACUGUCUACACAUUUCACAACUUUGCAAACGCGGCUUAAAUAAAUAUGAUAUUGAUGCUUACAUAAAAUGUGUCCGUCAGCACAUUCUUUUUAGCUCAACUAUACUAAGUAUGGGGAGCUGUCCUACUCGACCCUCCGCGUACGCACCUUGGUUAAAGUUUUGAUGCACUUUCUCUUUAGCUCUGUAAUUAUUUGAUGGAUUUGUUUCAAACUUAAAAUAGUUAUUCCCCAUCAUCACCCUAAUCAUAUGGCACAAGGUCCAUAACUCUCACACCAGUAUUUAAUAAAUUAUACUCCUUUUUUACUUCGAAUUUCAGGUUAAAAUUUUGAUGCACUUUAACUCUUUCUCAGUUAUUAAUUACUAAAUGGAUUUGAUUCAAACUUAAAAUAGUUGUUCUACAUUAUCAACCACAUCAUAUGACACAAAGUUCAUAACUCUGGCACCAGUAUUUCAUGAAUUAUGCCCCCUUUUUACUUAGAAUUUCAGGUUAAAGUUUUGAUGCACUUUCACUCUAUCUCAGUUAUUACUAAAUGGAUUUGAUUCAAACUUAAAAUAGUUGUUCCUCAAUUUCAACCACAUCAUAUGUCACAAGGUCCAUUACUCUGGCACCAAUUUUUCAUGAAUCAUGUCCACAUUUACUUAGAAUUUAAGGUUACAUUUGAUGCAUUUUCACUCUAUCUCUGUUAUUACAGAAAGGAUUUGAUUCAAACUUAAACUAGUUGUUCCCCAUUAUCACUCAUAUCAUAUGACAUAAGGGCCAUAACUCUUGCUCCAAUAUUUCAUGAAUUAUCCCCUUUCUACUUACAAUUUCAGGUUAAAGUUUUGGUGCAUUUUCACUCUAUCUCCUGUAUCACUAAACGGAUUUGAUUCAAAGUUAAACUAUUUGUUCCACAUCAUCAGCCUCAUAAUAGGACACAAUGUCCAUAACUCUGGCACCAAUUUUUCAUGAAUUAUGCCCCCUUUUACUUAGAAUUUAAGGCUAAUUUUUAUGCAUUUUCACUAUAUCUCCGUUAUUACAGAGAGGAAUUGAUUCAAACUUAAAAUGGUUGUUCAGCAUCAUCACUCACAUCAUAUGACACAAGGGCCAUAACUCUGGCACCAGUAUUUCACGAAUUAUCACCCUUUUUACUUAGAAUUUUAGGUUUAAGUUUUUGUGCAUUUUCACGCUAUCUCAGUUAUGACUAAAUGGAUUGAUUUAAACUUAAAGUAAUUGUUCCACAUCAUCACCCAUAUCAUUUGAUGCAAGGACCAUCACUCUUGCACCAAUAUUUCAUAAAUUAUGUCCCCUUUUUGCUACGAAUUUUUUUUAGUUUUUAUGCUUUUGCACCAUGUCCCAUGUCCCUUUUAUACUUAAUUAAUAUUUUGAUAUACUUUAUCUUUAUCUCUCUUAUUACUUAAUAUUUUAACACAGACUCAAACUGUUGUCCAAUAUCAUCAUCCAUAUUAAACACUCCAGUGACAGCUCCAGUUUCCUCAGAUGUGCCCAGUUUCGCUAUCUAGCAUCGAAAUAGUCGAGUGCGCUGUCUCCUGUGACAGCUCUUGUUUGUGAUGGUUGACACUACUAGUAUAUACAAAGUGCCAGUCUGUACAUUCUUUUCAAAGCUUCUUAGUAGUAUAUAAAAACUGACUGUCUGUACAUUCUUUUCAAAGUUGCUUAAUGAUAUAUAAAAAUUGCACAUUCUUUUUAAAGUUGCUUUAUAAUACAUAAAAUGUGUCAGUCUGCACAUCCUUUUUAAAUUUGAUUGUAAAAAUGUGCCAGUCUGCACAUUCUUUUUUACAUGUGCCUACAUAAAAUAUGCCAGUCUGCACAUUCUUUUUUAGCUCACCUGUCACAUAGUGACAAGGUGAGCUUUUGUGAUCACCCUUCGUCCAUUAUGGGUUCCAGAGUGGUGGCCUCUGAAAGGGCCAGAAUUAGCUAUUUUGACCUUGUCUGCACAAUAGCAGCUUCAUUUAUGAUUUGAAUGUAAUCAAACUUGCACAAAACUUGUGUCACCAUAAGAUCUCAAUUCCUUUCUUGAGCUGUCCAGAUCCCGUAAUGGGUUCCUGAGUUAUGGCGUCUGAAAGUGCCAAAAUUAGCUAUUUUGACCUUGUCUGCACAAAAGCAGCUGCAUUUAUGAUUUGAUUUUAACCAAACUUGCACACAACUUGUAUCACCACAAGAUCUUGUUUCUUUUGUUGAACUGACCAGAUUCCGUCCUGGGUUCCAGAGUUAUGGCCCCUUAAAGGUCAAAAUUUGCUACUUUGGCUUUUGCAGCCAUAUAAAGACUUCAUUUAUGGUUUGAUUUGAUACAAACUUCCAAAAUAUCUUCAACAACAAUAGAUCUUAGAUUCCAUGGCAAAUCUAUCAGAUCCAAUCGUAGGUUCCAGAGUUAUUUUAUAUCUGAUUACCUCCCCUGAUUGUAAUCAAAAUGGAUUUAUAUCAGUAAGUACUUAUAGGACUUAGUUUAAAUUUCAUUAUUGUCAUUAGUUGGACUGAGAUAAUCAGGGUAGAUAACUAUGGACUGAUUUUAUGUCAAAUUACCUCCCUUUAUUUCAAAUUAAAAUGGAUAUAUCUCCGUAACUAAUGAAGAUACUGAUCUGAAAGUUCAUUUAUGUCAACAGAUGGACUUGGACAAUCAGUGAAGAUACAUAUUGACUGAAUUUAUGACAAAUUACCUCCCUUUAUUUUUUAUCUAACUGAAUACACCUUAGCAGCUUCUAAUGAGAUUGGUUUGAAACGAUCAUAUCAUUUUGAGCAAUUGUACUCAGGUGAGCGAUACAGGGCCAUCAUGGCCCUCUUGAUUAAUUUGCGUACAUAAAAUGUGCCAGUCUGCACAUUCUCUUUAAAGCUUCUUUUUAUUAAUUCAUAAAAGUGUGGGUCUGUACAUUCUUUUUAAAGUUUCUCGCAAAAAGUCUUUGAAAAGUGUCUUUAUCGUUGAUGUGGAGGCGAGUUCCUUUAAAAUGAUAAUAUUUGUAACAUAAUUUUUUGUAGCCCUACAUACACUUAGCCGGAAAAUUUUGUUGUUUUAUAGAAGACAUAAAAUUUUGAUAAGCUAUUCCUGAGUGUAAGUUAUGGAUAUGAUAGCCGGUUGAAGUAGUAGAUAUUUUUGUUUGAUUUACAUUGUUUCCUGGCAACAUUUUAAGCAAUGGAUGAAUGUGCAGUCUACCCCAUUUUGAAAAAUUUCAGUUGAAAUAAUCGAUGUUUUUAGAUCUUUGCAACAUGGACAUUAAAACAGGUUAUACUUGAUAAAAUUGUAAAACUUAAAAGUUACAAAAUGUUCAUUUGACCUGGAGUGGAUUAACCUUUCAAAAGUAUUUGCAGAAAAAAAUGAUAGUCGAGAAUAUUUUUGUCACGAAAAAAUGUGAAAUCAAAAGUAAAAGUCUUAUUGUGAUAUUGUUAUAAUUUUGUAAGAUAUGACAUAUUACUUUAUAUUUUUGUAAAUAAAAUUUAGAGUAAAACUCUA